AUGGCCGCGCCAUUCAAGGUCAAGGCUAUCUACGAGUACUCGUCGCCUCAUGAGGACGAUCUCAACUUCGCUAUUGAUCAAGUCAUCACCGUAACCGAUGUGGAGGAUGACGACUGGUAUGGCGGGGAAUACCUUGACGACCAAGGUGUAAAGCAAGAGGGCAUAUUCCCUCGAAACUUUGUUGAGAAGUUUGAGCCUACCGCACCACCUCGUCCAUCUCGAACUCGUACCAAGAAGGAGCCCGAAACUGCUCACCCCACCGAAGACAUCGCUUCUCCCCCACCGCUACCUGUUCAGCAAGCGCCUCCUCCAGUGCCUGCACCCGAGCCCGAGCCCGAGAUCGAAGAAGCCCAUGAGCCCGUACAGAAGCACGCCGCUCACCAACCAGCUGCCCCGGCUGUGCCGGAGCCCGCUCCUCCCAAGCCCGCUCCGGUUGCGACUCCCCGGCCUCCGUCAGCUCCUAAACCAGUUGAGCCUCCGUCCCCCGCUCCAGCUUCGCCCAAGCCAAAGCCUUCUGGACCACCUCCGGUAUCAGAUAAGCCAAAGCCCAGCUCGUUCAAGGAUCGCAUUGCGGCUUUUAACAAACCCGCGGCACCUCCUGUUGCACCCUUCAAACCAAGUGGUCUAGCGGGCUCAGGUACAGGUUUUAUUAAAAAGCCGUUUGUGGCUCCUCCUCCAAGCCGCAACGCCUUUAUACCUCCACCGCAACAAACUCCAACCGCCAAAGUCUAUCGGCGCGACGAGGACCCCGAAAUUAAAGAACGGGAAGCCGAAACGCAAGGACAAGCUGAGCGAGCCGGACUUGUGCCAACCGAAGCUCAGGGAGAAGAAGCUGAGGAUCGACCCAAACCUACUAGUCUUAAAGAGCGCAUUGCGCUUCUUCAGAAACAACAGCAGGAGCAAGCUGCGCGACAUGCCGAUGCUGCUGCCAAGAAGGAGAAGCCAAAAAAGCCUGUUAAAAAGCGCGAGAGUAUCGGCCAUGUUGAAGCUCCGGCUGAGACAGAGGCAUCACCUCAAGAGCCUCCAACUCCCCUCGAGCAUAAGGAAACUCAGGAUACUGAGGUUAGGACAUCUACUGACGAGCCCCAAACAACUCGAAUGCCACCCCCUCCGCGCCGCAAAUCUUCCAAGGGGCCCGCAGUCGAACAUGUGCACGACGGUAAUGAGGCAGAUAUGUCAGGCGCUGGUGACACAACCGAAGGCAAUGACGACAUAAUGGAGCGUGAAGAUAGUGAUAGCAUAUCCAAAAUUGCGCCACGAACGCCCAGCUUGCCUAUACACGCUGGGCCUCCCUCCGAAGCACCGAAGAAGCAGGAGAGUGACGAAGGGGCCGAGGAAGAGGAGGAAGAGGAGGAUGUCGACCCCGAAGUCAGGCGCAGGGAAGAGUUGAGGGCAAGAAUGGCCAAAAUGAGCGGCGGUAUGGGUUUCCACGGCAUGUUCGGUGGACCUAUGUCAGCGCCAGCACCUCCGCCCAAGAAAAAGAAGGCCCCCCCUCCGAAGCCAGAGCGAACUUCUAUCGACGAGAGCAUCGAAGCAGCCUCGCCGACAUCUCAAGGCGCCCCACCGGUUCCUGCAAUGAUGCCUCUGCCUGGUUUCGGCGGUCCAAGUAAACCAGAAGAGCCAGCCCAUUCUGAGGUGGAACAUGAGCCAGCUGGGCGAGCACCGCCGCCUCCAGCUCCUUCUCAGCCCCCUCGAGCUCCCGAAACUGCUGAGACACCGAAGGACGACGAGGAUAGUGAAGUCACCCCGGCGCCUCAUUCUGCUCCUUCAAUUCCUCCACGAGAACCCGCGGGAGCCCCCCCUGUACCUGGCAGCCGAGGGGCACCACCUCCUGUGCCUUCCGAUUCUCGACCUCCGCCUGCACCUCCCGCGGAUGCGAAAUCUCAGUCGGACGGAUCUGAAUCUGGUGAUGAGCUUUCCGGCGGCCGCGAUAGUGAUAGAGAAGCACCUACCGUUACUGCUAGGUCUCCUCCUAUGCUGCCACCGCCAGUUCAACCUCCUCACUUGCCUUCAAGAUCGCCACCACUCUCUCCAACUCGCGAAGACUUCAGUCCCACGUCUCCCGGAUCUAAUGCCAGUAACAGAUUAAGUCGACUGCCACCUCCUAUUCCAGGAUCUGCACCAGCUCCUCCUAAUCAAAGCCGCCCGCCACCGCCGCCUCCACCUGGUGGUCCUCGACGACAGUCGACUCAAGAUUUCCAGACACAGCCUAGAGGACCUGCCCAGGCUGGUGAGGAGCAGGCUGAGGAGCUUACUGAGUACGAGGGUGAUUAUGACACUGAUAUUGCUUCCUCAGUCCCUCAUAAGGACGCCUUGAAGUCGCACGCCCGGGGUUCAAGUUUGGACGACAAUACUCUUCUGUCUCCUCUUUCUGAUGCUCCAGCCAACAUACCGCCUCCUGUUCCUUCUGCAGCAGCUCCCCGAGCUGUACCUCCUCCUCCUCCUCCUGCUGGCCCUUCACAGUCGUCGCCAGAGAACAAGCGGCAAUCCGUGGAUAUACCUCGUGCUGCUCCGCCGCCCGCUCCUGCAGACAGGCGACCGUCAGUCGACGUGCCACGCGCGGCACCACCUCCUCCACCUUCUGCUAAUUUCCUACCUCCACUACCACCGCAGUCGCCUCGUCCAGAUGAGGACUAUGACCCAUAUAACUACUCGGCACCUCCUGGAGGACAUGCGUAUGCCCCUAGAACACCAAAGAUUGAGGAAGAGGCCGAUUUCCCUCCAUCUGCUUCUGUCACUUCUCCUAUUGAUAGGCGACCUCCUCCCCCAGCUGUUCCUGGUCGCACUUCUAACCGACAAUCCCUUGACAUAUCAAGAGCUGCUGCUGGAAAUAGACGAUCGAUGGACAUUCACCGCCCUUCAAUGUCGAUGGAGUCGGGUUUCAUUGCCAAUGACAUGGACCUGGCUAUACAGAGUGGAUGGUGGAAGCAAGCUAACCAAGUGCCGCCUGUACUCCAAGGCCGUAAAGACAUCUACUUUGAGGCUGAGGAAACGACAUCUACGAACGAAGGGCAACAAACAACCAUCACUCGCGAAAUCUCCAUCCUAUAUCAAGAUUACUCACAAACUUGCUUGACUGUCCGCUAUGAUCCUUACGAUCCAUCAGACGUUCAGCUAGAGCAGCGGCACGAACCCCCACCGCGUCCGCUCCGCCAGGAUCAAAUGGAAGAGUAUUACGAGCGCUUCGGCCGCCAGAUUUCGACGGCAGUAGCAUCUAAGAAGGACUCGGUUGUUGCAGAUGGAACACCUCAAGGUCUUGUCUUGGAGCUUCUUAAGCCUUACAAGGACGUCCUGUCACCCGUCGGAACUCGUGCAUACGGCGCCCUUGUGUAUUCAAACAUGGCCAACGCAUCAACCCAGCAGAACGACAUGAUUCGAGCUGGUGACAUUAUGACUAUCCGCAACGCCAAGUUCCAGGGCAAGCACGGUCCAAUGCACGCAAAGUACUCUGCUGAAGUUGGUAAACCUGACCAUGUCGCUGUUGUGGCCGAAUGGGACGGCACCAAGAAGAAGGUGCGCGCAUGGGAGCAAGGCCGUGAGAGCAAAAAGGUCAAGGUGGAGAGCUUCAAGCUCGACGAUCUGCGUAGCGGAGAGGUCAAGAUCUGGCGCGCCAUGCCACGAAGCUGGGUUGGCUGGAACAGCCAGUCUUAGUGCAGCUGGAAACGGCACAGUGAGAGUGAUGAUUAUCUUCGCAAGAGGAUGUCUAUGAUGACGACGACGACGAAUAACAGAAAGGAGUCAAGACAGGCUGAUGAGCCGUGGCUGUAUCCCCAGGCGUUGAGUGGUGGGUUAAGAGUUCAAGAGCGAUGCAGGAGAAGGAUAUGAACACUGCAAGAGGUGUGUACAGUCAAGACGGGGGGCGAGUGGAACAUGAAAGAUUUAGUUAGUGUAAAGCAG